AUGCGGGUACAAACAGGCAGCCGCCAUCUUGGACAUUGGCUGCAGGCGCUGAGUCGCCCUGUCCCGCCCUACGGCCCCUCAGGCCACCUCCACCCGGGGCUGCUGUCCCUGGGCCCACGGAAACCCACCCUACUGGCCCUUGCCGCUUUCAUUGCACGCUCGUUUGAAUGCUCCGCCGCUUUUGAGCGCUCAUUUUAACAAACCCCCACUGGGGGCGCUCGGGCGCCUUAUACUCCGUGAUCUCCAAUCCUUACGAUGUCUAACCGGCUCGACUGGCCCUGUUCCCUGAAUAUGGCAAGUGUAUCGACUAAGGAUCCUCUUUCCCAAGAACGCUAACACAGGCGUUGUCCUCUGAGGCUCUGAAUGACUUUAUUCUUCAAAUGCCUUUACCUUUUCGUAGCUCCAGUGACCCUCCAUUCUUCAGAUCUAGGAAGAUGUGACACUCUACAGGUGAUCAGCUUCUAGAUCACCACUUUGUACCCACAAGUGAUUUGAGUUGGGGAUCCAGGGGCAGCAGAGGUAACCAUCAGGAAGAUAUUUAAAGAAAUGAUACAUCACAGACGAGAAGCUGGGGGGAAAGAGACAUGCAGAGACCCGGUCAAAGGAUCAGACAAAGAGGAGGAACCUUCAGCUGCCCUACCCCAUGGCCAAGUGUAUCGUCCCAGUGGAAGACCAGCCAGGAACUCAAGGCCUGAAACUGGGGCCAGAUCCCCUGCUGUCCCCAUCAUGGUCAAUGACCCACCAGUCCCUGCCUUGCUGUGGGCCCAGGAAGUGGGCCAUGUGUUGGCAGGCCGCGCCCGCAGGCUGAUGCUGCAGUUUGGGGUGCUCUUUUGUACCAUCCUCCUUUUGCUUUGGGUGUCUGUGUUCCUCUACGGUUCUUUCUACUACUCCUACAUGCCGACCGUCAGCCACCUCAGCCCUGUGCAUUUCUAUUACAGGACAGACUGUGAUUCCUCUACUGCUUCGCUCUGCUCUUUCCCUGUUGCCAAUGUCUCGCUGACUAAGAGUGGACGUGACCGGGUGCUGAUGUAUGGACAGCCAUAUCGAGUCACCUUAGAGCUUGAGCUGCCAGAAUCCCCUGUGAAUCAAGACUUGGGCAUGUUCUUAGUCACCGUUUCGUGCUAUACCAGAGGUGGCCGAAUCAUCUCCACUUCUUCACGCUCGGUGAUGCUUCAUUACCGCUCUCAGCUGCUACAGAUGCUCGACACGCUGGUGUUCUCCAGCCUGCUGCUGUUUGGCUUUGCAGAACAGAAGCAGCUCCUGGAAGUAGAACUCUACUCUGACUAUAGGGAGAAUUCGUAUGUACCAACAACUGGGGCAAUUAUCGAAGUCCACAGCAAGCGUGUCCAGAUGUAUGGAGCUUACCUCCGCAUCCAUGCCCACUUCACUGGACUCAGGUACCUGCUAUACAACUUCCCCAUGACCUGCGCCUUCGUGGGUGUGGCCAGCAACUUCACAUUCCUCAGUGUCAUCGCGCUCUUCAGCUAUAUGCAGUGGGUGUGGGGUGCUGUCUGGCCCCGACACCGCUUCUCUUUGCAGGUUAAUAUCCGACAAAGGGAUAAUUCAGGACACGGGGCCCAGCGUCGGAUCUCUCGCCAUCAGCCAGGUCAGGCGUCUACCCAGCAGUCAGAUGUGACAGAGGAUGGCGAGAGCCCUGAGGAUCCCUCAGGAACAGAGGGUCAGCUGUCUGAGGAAGAGAAACCAGAGAAGCAGCCUCUGAAUGGAGAAGGGGAGCAGGAGCCAGAGGCUAGUGACGGCUCCUGGGAAGAUGCUGCUUUGCUGACCGAAGCCUCAACGUCUGCCCUCGCCCCUGAGACUCUGGGCAGCCUCAGGCAACGCCAGACCUGCUCCAGUUCCUGAACAAAAGGGUGGAGUCUUCACAUUCCAGCACUUUCCCAUAGGGCACCUCUUCCCUUGUUCCCUUAAUAAACUAUUUUGUGUCAGCUGCUAGUAUGGACAUCAGAG